ACAGCUGCUGUAAACUCUUUCAAUGAGGAACUGCUGGCCAGUUACAAGAAAGACUGGUCUGUUGAUUGUUCUGAUUUCAGCCUUGGAUUAAGCCAUACCAUGGAAACAUCGAUCCCUUCGCUUCUGCUGGUUUUGUGGCUCAAGAGUUUGCUGAACUGGCUGGUGGUCGUGGUGCAGCGGCACUACAUGACCAGGAGCUUCUCAGGAUUCUUCUGCAUUUCCUUGGCACUGAUAGACAGUCUCUUGAGUUUUGUCCUCGGGGCUAUUUUCUAUCUGGAAAACUUCAACAUUUCAGGCUGGCACUUCACCAGGUAUCACAUAUGCCUGCUGGCUCAGAUUGCUUGUUUUAUCUACGCCACGCUCCACUGGCCAGUGUUCCUCCUUGUAGGACUAGACAACUUCUGGACACUAUCAUCAAGCUCAACCCACACAUCCUGGAAACAAAAGCUAACUUACCUGGCUGGAGCUUGUCUCCUUUGGAUUGUAGCAGCUUUGUACGUUUUCUGGGAGCCUGAUUUUGUUCUGUUGAUAGGAGAUCUUGGGAAGCACCAGUGCCAGCUGUUUAGUAGAUCUCAGAGCUCUCCGGUUCUCAUAGCAUUGCUGCUGACGGUCACCUGCGUCAUUCUUUACUCGUAUGCUCCGUUUGAGAAAUGUAGGGUGCAUGUGUUUCAGCAUUCCACUCAACAAAGCUGCUUGGUUUGUUUAAGGCGCGCCAUGCACACGUUCCUGAGCACGUGGUCCUCGUUUCUCGCACUGAUGAUCAUCUCGCCGCUGCUGCAGAUAGAGAUGCACACGCACCUGCAGCUGAACGUCAUCUGGCUGUGUUUCCUCAACAGCUUUUUCGUCGCUUUGGCUCUGUGCGGUGGCUCUAUUUCAUCGAAUUCCAAGAAAAGCGACACCAUAACCGACGGUUUUUGUUCCUGGUACUUUUGUUUUACAUAUGGAGCUGACGAGUGGAAUUAUAGACAACAACCCAAUGACCGCACAGAAGUCAAAACACUAAAUGUCUGACCAUGUUUACUUCGGAGAAAGACGUGCUUCUUUGCUUUCUUGUUUGCAUAUAAAAAGCUAAUAUUUUUU